GAGAUCGAUUUGGUUACCCAACACGUCACCCCUCCCAUUGUCACCGAUGCACCACAUUACGAUGACGAGGAGAUGCCCGUCUCCAGACUCUCCCGAAAGGUUAUCGAAUAUGAUGACGAUGAUGAACAUGAUGAUGACAUGGAUGAUGGGUAUGAAUAUCCCUUCCUUUUUUGUAUACCACCUAUCAAUACACUGAUCGUUGUUGUUAUCGAAUAUGAUGACGAUGAUGAACAUGAUGAUGACAUGGAUGAUGACAUGGAUGAUGACAUGGAUGAACGUGUCGAGGAGAGUGAUUCGGAGGGCCUACAGCAUGAACAGCAGCCACUAGCCGGGGUAAUGGGUAACAAAACCACCAAGAGGGUGCUGUUGCUAGCCCCCACAUUCAACAGAGCCUCCAAACCGCUGCCACCGAAUAUUACGGUGUUCGGGCCACGUCCAUCCUAUGGCCCUUGGAGGCAAGAAUGUGGGGUGCAGGCAACGGCACCCACGGCCUCGGUGUCGACCCAAAUCUUCCAGGCCAACCCAUUGCUUGUGGCUCAACCUCCACCUGUUGUGGCUGCUGUCCAACCACCUCAACCUCCACCUGUUGUGGCUGCUGCUCAACCACCACCUGAGCUGCCACAACCUCAGUUACCUGUGUCCGCUGCCCCUCUUCCUGUUCCUGGUCCUGUUGCUGGUCCUGGUCCUUUGCUGACUGCCCUUCUGUCUUCUGGCGAUGCUAACCCGGCCCCCCAGCUUGAAACUGAGAGGCUGAUUGCAGCAGCAGUAAGCAUUAUUAUCAUGUUGUAUGUUUAG